CCAAGGCCAGAUUGCAGCCUGGCAUGCUAUUGAGCUGGCGUUUUGGGCCUGCCAGCCAAGGCCGACCAAAUCCCGAGCCCAAAUCCUGCUUACCUUUCUGCUCCACGGAUAUUACAGCCGCCCUCCGCAGCUGUAGUGAUGGACUUUCACUAGGAUUAGCAGGGGGCAGCCGGCAGCGGGCUCGUCUUCCAUUUACGAGUACUGAGCAGUUUGACACGAGAGAUGUUGAGAUUAAUGAAUCGAACAGAGUGAUGAAGUCCACUCUGUGUAGCCUUAGCUUGGUUUCUACAGUGGCUCCUCUUCAUUUCAAAAGCUUCAGUAAUUAUUGCAACAAAUCCUAUACAGGUUUCAAUGGAUUUUGUCUUCGGUUUAAAAGAUUUUGUUCACUUGGUUGCAAAAAUCAAAGGCAAUCAGAAAAACGUUUUACAGCUGCAGAGUAUCUUCCUCCUUGGUUCAGUGUGGCGCCUAUGAUGGAUUGGACAGAUAAUCAUUUCAGAACUCUUGCACGACUGAUAUCAAAACAUGCUUGGCUAUACACGGAGAUGGUCGUUGCAGAAACCAUUGUUCAUCAGAAAGAUAACUUGGAUAGAUUCCUAGCAUUCCCUCCAGAACAUCACCCCAUUGUUCUACAAAUUGGUGGUAGUAAUUUGGAGAACUUGGCAAAGGCAACAGAACUUGCUAGCACUUAUUCUUACGAUGAGAUCAAUUUAAACUGUGGGUGCCCCAGCGGGAAAGUUGCUGGUCAUGGUUGCUUUGGAGCGCGUCUAAUGUUUGACCCCGAGUUUGUUGGGGAUGCUAUGUCAGCUAUUGCUGCCAAUUGUGAUGUACCUGUCAGUGUAAAAUGCAGAAUAGGAGUGGAUGACCGGGACUCAUAUGAAGAACUUUGUGAGUUUGUACACACAGUGGUUUCUAGAUCAUCGACUAGGCAUUUUAUCAUACAUGCGCGGAAGGCAUUGCUCAAUGGCCUAAGUCCUGCUCAGAAUCGCCAAGUUCCACCUUUGAAAUAUGAGUACUAUUUUGCUCUAUUGCGUGACUUUCCAGAUGUGCAAUUUACUCUGAAUGGAGGCAUAACUUGUACUAAUCAGGUUAAUGCAGCCAAAAGGCAGGGAGCUCAUGGGGUCAUGGUUGGUCGUGCUUCUUACAAUAAUCCAUGGUUUACCCUAGGACAUGUGGACAAAGAAGUAUAUGGUGUACCAAGUACUAAUCUUACACGCCGCCGAAUCCUUGGAGAUUAUCAGAUAUAUGGUGACUCUAUAAUAGGGAAAUAUGGACCCAACAAACCGAAUAUCAGACAACUUGUGAAGCCAUUGCUGAAUCUAUUCCAUUCUGAACCUGGAAAUGGCCUCUGGAAACGCAAGGCUGAUGCUGCUUUGCGGCAUUGCAAGACACUCAAAGCCUUUCUUGACGACACCCUUGAUGCCAUACCCGACUCCGUCCUCGACUCCAACCUUACAACAAGUCCGUCAAGUCGGGAAGGGGAUUUUGCUGAUAUGGAUCGUUUGCUACCUCCGACAUAUACGAUGAUAACCAAGGACGAGCUUGUGCCUCCGCUUUGUCUAAGUACAUCAUCUUGGUUGAAGUAGUCGUCCCGCGAUUUAGCUAUCGAGUUUAACGUCAAAGUUGAUAAUAGCUUGUAGAAGAUGCUGAGACUAAUAGAAGAUAAAACUUUUGUUUAUGGAUGAUUUUACUUAAUUCUUUAACUUGGAUAUCC